UUAAUUUUGCGGCAGAUUUGGGUUUCUUUAUGAAUUCUUGGAGGUUUUUCUCCCCAAAAUGGACAAUUCAGGGCCUCAAAAAUGCAAUCUUGGGCCAGAUUUGGUGUUUUUUUCACGGAGUUUUUUCCCCCCCAAAAUGAAUAAUUUGGAGUCUUUACGUGCCGUUUUGUGCCAGAUUUUUUUAUGAUUUCUCCCCCCAACCCCCCCCAAGACCCUUCCAGAACCUUCUCUCCCCGUUUCCAGGCGCGAUGGAGGUGACGGUGGGGACGGCGGCGCUGGCGCUGGCGCUGCUGCUGCUGCCGCUGCUGUACGAGCGCUGCGGCUCCUUCCGCUUCUUCUGCAAGAUGGGAUUCUACAACGGCUGGAUCCUGCUGCUGGCCCUGCUGGCCAUCCCCCUGUGCGCCCUGCGGGGCCGGGACGUCGAGAACAUGAAAAUCAUCCGGGGGCUGAUGCAGCACGUCAAGCGGCUCUACGGGAUCCGCAUGGAGGUCAGGGGGGCGCACAACUUCCCCCCACGGCAGCCCUACGUGGUGGUGAGCAACCACCAGAGCUCGCUGGACCUGCUGGGGAUGAUGGAGGUGCUCCCCGACCGCUGCGUCCCCAUCGCCAAGCGGGAGCUGCUCUACAUGGGCGCCGUGGGCGUCGUCUGCUGGCUCGGGGGCAUCAUCUUCAUCGACCGCAAGCGCACGCACGACGCCAUCAGCGUCAUGGCCGAGGCCGCCCACACCAUGCUCAGCCAGGACGUGCGGGUGUGGGUGUUCCCCGAGGGCACACGGAACCACAGCGGCUCCAUGCUGCCCUUCAAGCGCGGCGCCUUCCACCUGGCCGUGCAGGCCCAGGUGCCCGUGGUCCCCAUCGUGAUCUCGUCCUACCAACACUUCUACAGCAAACGGGAGCGCAGGUUCACGGCCGGGCAGUGCGUGAUCCAGGUGCUGCCGCCGUUGGCCACUCGCGGCCUGGGCCCGGCCGACGUCCCCGCGCUGACCGAGCGCGUCCGCGCCGCCAUGCUGGACGCCUUCGACGCGCUGUCGGCGGAGCUGCGCCCCACAAGUGACCCACAGCGCCCCACAAGUGACCCACAGCGCCCCACAAGUGACCCACGGGGCCCCACAAGUGACCCACGGGGCCCCACAAGUGACCCACAGCGCCCAAGUGACCCACGGAGUGACCCACGGAGCCCCACGGCCACCCAGAGAGACCAAUGGAGCCCCACGAGUGACCCACGGAACCCAAGUGACCCACGGAGUGACCCACGGAGCCCCACAAGUGACCCACAGAGUGACCCACAGCACCCUACAGCCAACCAGAGUGACCCACAGCGCCCCACGAGUGACCCACAGCGCCCCACGAGUGACCCUCGGAGCCCCACGAGUGACCCUCGGAGCCCCACGAGUGACCCCCAGCGUCCAGCGCUGCCCCAGAGUGACCCACAGAGCUCCACGGUGCCCCACAGGGGGACCCUGCAGUGACCCCCGGCCCUGCAGCCCCACGGCGGAGCCGGCAGUGGGGCAGGGACUGACCCCCAAGUGGGGAGAAACUGAGGCACGAGUGGGGCAGGAACCGACCCCCAAGUGGGGCUUGGACUGACCCCCAGGUGGGGAGAAACUGAGGCACGAGUGGGGCAGGAACUGACCCAUAAGUGGGAACAAAGUGACCCCCAAGUGGGGCCCGAACUGACCCCCAAGUGGGGAGAAACUGAGGCACGAGUGGGGCCGGCUCUGACCCCCAAGUGGGGUCUGGACUGACCCAUAAGUGGGAACAAAGUGACCCCCAAGUGGGGCCGGGAGUGCCCCACAGCCCCCCCUUUGUGCCCCAUAGCGGGACCAGGCUGUGACCCACGGCGGGGGGGCGUGGCCGGGGCGUGGCCGGUGCUGAUUGGCUGCUGCAGCCAAGCCCCGCCCCCCUCCUGGAGCCCGGGUAUUUAUUGGGGGGUGGGGGA